CUCACAAAUUAUCCACCACUGUGGCUGUGACACGGGUACGACCAGCGGGUACCUUCUAAAAUUAUUUGUUCGAAUUAUUCUGUGAUGUAGGCUUAUAUCCUCUGCAUCGAUUUCUGUUCGUCGUAGCUUCUGGAGGAACACCAGACAACAUGCCAUACAUCAAUUCAAGAGGCGAGAUCUUGGAAUCAAGGCCACUGUGGAGCAUUUCAACUUUCACGGAUAUGGUCUACGGAUUUUUCAGAAUGGCAUCGUUAUUCUUCCAAACCCUGUUUAUGAUGAAUCCUGAUAAGAAAUCUCGAAGUAGCAGGUCAUCACCAGGAAGUUCAGGAAGACGUCCACCGCCAGACCCACCACGUCGUAGAAUGGGUGGUUUUGGAGGAGGAACUGGUGGUGUUGAUAUGGGUACACCCUGUUUUCCAGGUGGCGGAUGAGGUUAGUUGCCCUUCUUUUUAAGAGAAGGGCACUCUCGUUUAGCUGCUAUGUCAAGCGCUGACAGAUUGUGUGUGUGCCAAUGUGACGCUUAUCUGCCAAACUCUUGUGAGAGCAGAAAAGCCGAUGUAGCCACCAGAUUCCAGCCUGUGCAACUGCUUGCUUAUCUAUUCGUUUUAAAUAAAACACUAUUGCUUUCUUUA